UGAUAACGAGAAGGAAGAAGUAAGUGGGAGUUGAGAAAUGGCUGUCUAGUGAUAGUGAUAAUUUUCUAAUGUUUACAAAUGUCAAAGGUGAAAUGCAUGUCUGACUUUCGUUCAUUCUGUAAUGCGUUCUAUUCAGAAGAUUUUGUUUUCAGAAGUAUGAUUUCAUCUAUUGUUGGAGACCUUUCAGGUAGCAACUGGGUCCUAUCUGAAGCUUAUACAUCGACUGACCGACUCAUCUGAUCGAAUGUUUAUGCUACCAUGAAAUGUUCAAGUCCAGGUUUAGCUUCCAGGGCUGAAAGUUCAUUAGUCUUCAGAAGGAAUGGUUGCAAUUCAGAAGACCUCAUAGUGAGUUUCUCAUUUAUUCGAGCCAUCCAAUGAUGAUUGGCCAAAGAUGAUAACCCAGUCAUUCAGUAUGGGGGUAUUAUGAAGAGAGUGAGCUCGGCAAAAGCUAGGAGUAAGAAUCAGCCGGCUCGUUGUUGUAUUUCGUUUGCUUGCUCGAGGACAAGAAGUUAUUUGAGUGUUGACCCGCACAAGUGUGUUUCUCGUUUGGGUACUGAAAGGCUUGAUACAAUGGCUGAAAGCAUUCCUGAUCAAGGUUUAGUUCAGUGUUCUUCCAAGGAAGUUUCUGAUUGUAUUGCAGGAUGGAUACAUUAUCUGCAGAUGGUCAGAGGGCUGUGUAAUGCUGGGUCUGAGUUAUCACGGUUAUUAGCCGGACUAAGCAUAGAGUCAGCUCCAUGUCGGCACCGCGCCAUUCAGUGUCAGGCAGUCUGGGAACAACUAGCAGCAGCUGCUGCUGCUGCAACACGGAUGAUAAAUAUAAACGCCAUCACUAGUUUGCAGGACAUCGACCUAACGGCAGACAAUGACAAUGAACAAUGUGAUAUCAAUCAGCAAAUCGUUUGCUCUGGCCUACUAUCAAUGGUAAAUCUACAGUACCAGUUGAGCAUGACAUGUUGCGAGAAAUUCUCUCACUUAGCAGCGUGUCAGUGCAACCCAGCUGGAGGCCCUCAUGCGGAACCCAUCGAGGCCGCAGCUGUGGCACGUUGUUUCGCUGUCCCUCCCUCUUGCUCCCCUCUCUCAGUGCCUAUUCCUCAGCGGCGAUGGUCCGAAGCAGCGCCUACAUCAGGCGACAAGUCCGAGUCAACGCUCAGAAGGUGGUCGAUGCCAUGGAAAUUAGCCCUGCCUAGCUCAAGUACCAGUGAUAAAAGCAGGUCUACAACCCCCGACUCGAAUGCCUGGCAAAAUAAUCUGGUUACCCAAGAAGAGCUCCAAGAUGUGAUCGUCCUUCUAACCUCGCAAAAUAUUACACCUGGAAUUGUCCCUGGCGUAACUUUAACACGUGUAACGGACUCGACAGACCACUCCCGCAUUUCGUCUCAUCGAGGAAGCUGGUGGAGUGAAGGCGAUGAACUCGACCCAUCGGUUUUAAUGUCACGUAAGAGUAGCUCUUCAACUGAUACUAGCAGUUCUUGCUAUUCUCUUCAUUCGCGGUCAACGAGCACUUCAGAGGAGUCAGGAGUGACUGCUCGAUCACAUUUAUAUUCUAUGUGGAGCGGUGCUGAAUUGCCAUUCAUCAAGUUGCCAGAGUCCACUGAGAGCAACGACCCAUAAUCAGGGUGUCCACCAGGCCGGAAAGUCCGGAAAUAGUACUGACUUUUUAGGGCACUCCAAAAGUACUGGAAUAUGCGCAAAUUCCCUAAAAAGGUUCGGAAUUUUUUCCAUUAUACCACGCGUGUUUCUCAAUAAAGCCAGGAAAGUAUGCAAUCCUCUGCGCAUUGAUUCUUAGAGUAUUUGUGCACAAGAUCGCGACUGUGCAGUCAGUUAAUCUUCAAGCCAUCAAUGAAAUUCUGUGUCCACGGCAUUUUUGUCGCAAUUCGAGCGAGAAUCCCAAAUUUUCGACAUUUUUCGAAUUUCCUCCAAUGGCUUUCUGUUGAGGAGGUACUAAAUUUCUUGGGAAUGCACUGAAAAAGUACUGAUUUUUGGCCAACCUAUUUUAGUGGACAUCCUGAUAAUCUGAGACUCUCUUUCUUGUUUUACGGCAAGUGUGAAACUGAAAUGGUUGAGACUUGUUUUGUUUUCAGCUCAAAGCUGGUGAACUCUGAGACUAAGGGAUAGUGUUAUCGUUCAGAUUUUUUAUCCCUGGUGAAACUUCUUUUGGUAGGUCGAUUAUUAACAUUUUAUCUUUGUCAUCGGGAUGCAAUAAAACUAAGUCAAAAUUAGGUUGUGCUAUUAUCGGCUGGAUACGUACCUUUUUGUCUGUAUUGCGCUUCUGUCCAGCUGGACUUUAGUGCCUUUUUUAGACCAAUAGCGAUCCAACCAGUGAAUGGUGCCACUCUAUCUCAGCUGAAUUUUAUUUGUUCCAAUGACAAGAAGAAAUUUAAAUUGACAAGCAGGCUUUUUUUAACAAAAAUAAAAUCAAUAGAGAAGGAUGUAUUUAUCAAUUGAAACAUUUCUUUUGAAAUACUUUCGGUCAAAACUUCCAAUUCCAUUCUGUCAAAUCAACCUCUAUCUGAUAGAAUCUUAAAAUUCUAAAAAGGAGGAUAUACUAUACAAUCCUCUAUACCUCAGCCAAUUCUGAUUGAGUGAAUAGAAGUAAUUUUAUUCAAAUAGUUUUCAAAUCACGUACAAAGAAAGGAAAUGCAUAGGUAAUACUAACCUAGUUUUUCCAGAGGCCCUUGUACUGUAAUUAUAUGCAGUAAAAUUUCUAUCCAAUUGACUUUUAGCUUUGCAAUAUGGUAACAUCACCUCAUUAAACUUGCCAGAAAUGGCAAUGCAAAUAUCGUCUAAAAUUUUUAUAGUAGACAAAUUUUUCCAGCAUACAAGGACCAUCCCCACCCCUCAAAAAAAAAAAAAAAAAAUGAAAUGAAAAAAUAAAUAAUUAAAUAAAGAAAAGAUCUCAUCAAACAUCCCUAUCAUUCAGUCUUGAAGUAAUGAGUGGUAACUAAACCUGACUUCUCAUGAACAAUGAUUUUUUCUUACAGAAAAAAAUUAUUUAACAACCAUUCAAAAGUUAGAGAUUAAAAGGGCGUUCAAAAGCUUCUCAAUUGGAAAAGCAAAUCGGUUGUUGUGCUAAAAACUAAUCAGAGCAUUCCGCAAUCUCUACAGGAUGAUUGAGACCAUCCAUACCGGAGUUUUCUUGGUUAACUGAAUUAGACCUAAGCAUUGCGACUUUAAGUCGCACAAAGUGAGAGAAUUGAGGGGGAGUAAAUAUGGAAACAAAGUUAAGGAAUCCAAAUUUUAUAGUCCAAAAGACUCUUUCUCCCAGCCUCAUCAUGGGGAAGGGGGAGGGGGAGUGUAAAAAGGAAUAAUUAUCUUGAGAGCAUAUGAUAUAACCUUAAAAAGAGCCUGGGAUGGGUGAUAUGGAUCAUCUUGUCAAGCGAUUGUUCGUCUCUCUCUCUCUCUCUCUUUCUCCAUUUUUCUGAAAUCGAGUUUUCUUUAAUAUGUGGAGUAGAACCUGUAAAAGGCAAGUAUUUGUUUUCUGCAAAGAAAUUCUUCUGCUGCUUUAGAACAUAAUCUCUUCAAAAUUUCAGUCACUUAGUAGCCAAUUUUAGGUCUGAGGACAAGAAGGGGCUCUUUGUCUUUAGGACCCUUGCCUUUGAACAUCGCACAAUCCAAUUUCUGCUGUCGCCAGAAGCCAAAACCUCUUUUGAACAGCAGAAUAUGAAGACAUUACUGUAGCUCAAUUUUCAACCAUUAAUUUUAGAAAAUUGCCUUUUUUUCAACCAAA